CUGAACCUGAAGUUAGGCGUAGGCUUUAAAACUUACACAACCGGCGCACGUAUGGCCAACGCAGCAGCAACAGUCUACACUACCUCACUUCGGCUCCAUUGCAGAAGACCAUCCAUCAGGAUUAGGGCAUCGACACCCAUGGCCGCUACCCCCACCACAGCCACCACUACCACUGUUGUCCCUGCCAUCAUCGUUGGAGGUGGACGUGUAGGAAGAGCUUUGCAGAGUAUGGGUAACGGCGACGAUGUUCUUGUGAAGAGAGGCGAAUCACCGCCUCUUGAUUUCCCUGGACCCAUCUUAGUCUGCACUAGGAACGACGAUCUUGAAGCUGUGCUUCAAUCCACUCCUCAGUCCCGCUGGAACGAUUUGGUUUUCUUCCAGAAUGGAAUGCUUGAGCCUUGGAUUCAGAGUAAAGGCCUUGAGGAUGCAGAGCAGGUCUUGGCAUACUUCGCCAUCUCUAAGCUCGGUGAACCUCCCAUUGAUGGUAAGACUGAUACCAAUCCAGAGGGCUUGACUGCUGCAUAUGGCAAAUGGGCUCCUGCGAUAGCUGCAAGAUUACAUUCUGGUGGUCUUUCUUGCAAGGUGCUGGAAAAGGAAGCUUUCCAGAAACAGAUGUUGGAGAAACUGAUAUGGAUAUGUGCUUUCAUGCUUGUUGGAGCUCGGCACCCGGGAGCCACUGUAGGGGUUGUGGAGAAGGAGUACCGUUCUGAGGUUGGUAGCCUCAUUUCAGAACUCGCAUCAGCUGCAGCGGCAGAGAAAGAUCUAGUUUUUGAAGAAGCCAUGGAGGAGAGGUUAUGUGCUUAUUCAAGAGCGGUUGCACAUUUUCCAACUGCUGUGAAAGAGUUCAAAUGGAGGAAUGGAUGGUUCUAUUCGCUCACCCAAAAGGCACUUGCUGAAGGGAAAUCAGACCCAUGCCCUUUACAUACAGCAUGGCUCAAGGAGCUGAAAGUUGUAUAAGAGAGAUUUCCAAGUGUUGUUCUCAAUCUACUUCAACUGCAUUGAACUAUUGCUAAGAAGAGUAGUUGAUUGAUGUCCUCUGCAUCAGAGUCGUGCUUUGCAUUCCUUGUGUCAGGGUUCCUCAGAAUUGUAACAGAUAAGUACUAUGAGGCUGUAUAAAAUCCAAUGCAACCAGUAUUUUGUUCUCUUCAAA